AUGGACACCGCCGCAUCGACGACGGUAGCAGACGAUGCUCAGGAGCAACUAGACACCAUUGCUCCCGGUGGAUUCCAUCCAUUCCGGCCUAGGCUCCAUGAUGAGACGGAGAACCCAGAGACCAACACGGCCAGACCUCUGACCGAUGCAGUCAUCACUGUGCGCAUCAUCAAGAGCUUCGCAUACCGUUCUAUGAAGGCCCUCGUCAUCCCCCACAUCGACCUCACUUCAGUCACAAUAGAGGAGCUAGAGGAGAAAUGCCGCAAGGAGGUAGCAUCAACACCCUCCUUCAAGGCCUUUAGAUCCUACGCUACGAAGCUAGACACCAUCAAGAUCUACACUAGAGCUCACGGCUCCAAGACUACCAAUCUCAUCAUCAAUCUAGACCAUCCCGAAUGGCUGUUAGAUGCAGACAAGGGACGGACAUUGGCGGACGCGGGGCUAGAAAACGAAGCCGAGUUGAGCUUCUUCAAUCGGGAAGACUACGAGGCCUUCCUGGCUGACCCUACUACCAAGUGGUAG